AUGGAUAAACACUCGUUGGGGUAUGAGCAUGCUGACCAUAGGGGAAGUUCCAAAUAUGUAAGUAACGAAAAUGUAUCACUCAUUAGUGGAGUGAACACAAGGGUGUGCAGCACAAGAAGCAGCGGUAGCAAAAGCGGAAGCAGUAGUAGCAGCUGCAUUGUCGUUGAUGGGACUGUCUUCAAAAAUCAUAAUGAGCGAGAAACUGAGUUUAUCCGCUCCUUCGUCCAUCCGGUUUAUCAAUGCGAUGGAAAAGACGUCCAAUAUGAUAACGGUAAAAUGGAAGAAGAUAAGGGAAAAAACACUAACUACAAUCAUAACAGCUCUCAUGGGAUAUGCAACACGAUCGAUAUAUGCAGCACACGUGGUAUAUAUAACAAACAUGACUUGGGUGAAGCUCGAGCCGUAGCAGAGAGUGAUAAUAAUAGUUCUAUUCCUCAUUCUCGUAAGCCUGAAGAAGACCACAAAUCAACAAACAACUUUGAAAAUGUAGAAGUGAGUACGAAUGAAAAACUUAGCUACUUUCCAGUUAACGCUAAUGAUGUAAGGGAAAAGGAUAAGGAUAAGGAAAAAAGGAGGAACGGAUCAGAUGACUAUAUACCCAACCCACCAUGUAACAGUACAUCGAACAAUGAGGAUACAAGUAAUAACUGUGCUGACAAGAGUAAUAGAAAAGUAGACCAACCGGAAUGUAGAAACAAAUCCAAUUUUGUCAUUAUUAAAAAACUAUGUUCUCCCUUAACAAAUGUAGAUAGAGACAUAAUGGUACAAAAUAAAUAUACGAUAGAUAUGAAUGAUCAAGAGGGUGAUAACUUAUCUAUGUUGAGUAAUAAUGAAUGUGGGAAAAACAAUUCAACGUAUGAAAAUUGUUAUAAUUUUAAUUCUAAUAAUACAUCGGAUGCUCCAUCUGACAAUAAUCAAGGGAGUAAAAAUGUAGUUGACUCGUUUUCAAUGAUUUUAAACCCUCAGAAUGAUAUAACAGAACAUGAUGAAACCCACUGUAGCAAUUCUACAACAACAACAGCUGCUACUACUACUACUGCUACUACUACUACUACUGCUACGGCUACUACUACUGAUACGGCUACUGCUACUGCUACGGCUACUACUACUGCUACGGCUGCUACCACGUCUUUCUCUUCCUACAGUAAUAUAGAUAAAAACGAGACACGCCAAAUAAGCAGUCUCGAAACAGUCAGCUGCUUAAGUGACAAAUGCUAUUCCAAUCGUAUCAAAAGUGAAAUGAUACAAAAAGAUGAAAAAUGCUGUGAAAGGAAUACUCUAAGUGAAGACUUGUAUAACUUAAGCUGUAAGAACUAUGGAACAUCUAACGAAAACAAUCAUAGUAAUGAAUAUAUUAACAAUUUUUACAAAAGUGAGAUCACCUCAAGGGCUUGUAUUGACAGCGAUCAUAAUGAUAAGGUGGAAUAUCAAUUUAGGGAAAAGGAAACAUUGAAUAACAAUGGCAGCAAUAUCAGUAAUGAUAGUAGGAGCAAUAAUGAAAGUUGGCAGGACAUUACACAUAAUAAUAAAUUAAUAAAUGAGCUCAAUUUGUUUGAAGCCAAAAAAGGGUAUAAUACAUCAAAAAAUAGUAGCUUUCUAAGAAACGAUGUAAAUCAGGAGAGACCUAACUUCCUUUCGAAAAGUAAUAAGGAAGAAAAUUUUCAAGAGUAUGCUACUGAGGAGGAUCUAUCAAAAGAGAGGAACCACCGCAUAGCAGUGAAAAAGGAAUAUACCAUAGACAUGGGAAAAGAGAGAUCUCAAAUUAUAAAUUUUGGGGAGAAAAACGAUAAGUUAAAUCUCGAAAAGAAUGACAAGCAGUUAAAUUUUGAAGAGAAAGACUUAUGCAUGCAUUGUACAGAUGAUACCAACAACGGAAAGGGUAUAAAAACUGAAUUCAGAAAAACAUGUGUACAUAAAAUACAAGCUUUAAAAGAUGUAAAAGUGCACGGACACACAUACACACCUGAAGAUGUGUUAACUAACAGUGUUUGCCAAGGUGGAGUUAACAAUACGAAUAGUGGAUAUAGCAAUGACGAUAAACCGAUUAAGAUUGUUUCUUAUUUGAAUAAGACGGGUAAUAGGAAUGAGCUUAUGUUACUAAACUUAUGUAAUGUUAAUGAUGCACACACUAAGAGUGGGAAUAAUGGAUAUCAUAGUGGAUAUUAUAGUGGCGAUCAAAGUGGAUGUAUUAAUGGACAUCAUAGUGAUUCCCACAGUAACAGUGAUAAACACGUGAAUCAUUUCUUACCAAACGAUGACGAGUACUAUGGAAAUGCGAAUGCUAACAACUCAAACACACAGGGGGAUUCAAGUGGAAAUUUCCCUCAGAGAGGAAGGAAAAAGUACAAGAGAAAAAUAAAGCUCGAAAUGGUCAAAAAAUGCAAAGCCGCAAAAGUUAAGGAAGAGAAAAAAGAAAACACAGAAGAUGAAGCAGACAGGGCUAACAGAUCCAAUGAAAGGGCAUUAAAGAAAAACGUUAAAAAGGAAGAGAAAGAAAAAGCAAUGAAAAAGAAAAAGAAGAAAAUUCCAGGAAGAAUAUACAAAGUCAUUGUGAGGGGUAAGGAAUGUUGGAGGGCGGAAUGGCUUGUCCGAAAAAAUGGCGCAGAAGGAAUUAACGUAGAUACCCAAAAUUGUAUUACCCCCAAUUUGAACAGAGAAAAAGAAGUGGGCUUCCAUUCACAGUACAACAAUAGCAUGAAGGAUGAUUAUAGUGAAAAUAAUAAAGAUAACAAAAACAAUUUUACUAAAAAAAGCAAGCAAUUUUCUGUGUCAGUAUAUGGUUAUGAAAAUGCUAAGUUAUUUGCGUUGUUUGAACUUAUUAAAUAUAAUUCAGUACCGGACAGGUUAAUGGAAGAAGCAAAUAUAUGCAUUCAUAACAUAAAAAAAAAUUUACUAAAUCCUAAGAGUUCAUCUUAUAAGCCUUUUAGUGGUCAGUUCUUGCAUUUUCUUUUGACUGAUGAGAAAAAUGAAUGUUCUUCAUUAUUUUAUAAAAAACUGGAGGAAAACAUUAAUCAGAAUUUUAGUAAGUACACUGAUGCUGCUUCUAGUCGUGAUAAUAAAGGGGACGAGUCCCUCAAUGGUAGUAACGUUUACCGAUGUAAUGACAGUAAUAAUGUACACUGCUUCAGAUACAACGAUAGUAACAACGUUCAUCGUUUCCUAGACAGUGAUAGCAAUAACGUACGCCACUUCGGAUGCAAUGACAGUAAUAAUUCUUACCGCUUCGAACAUAAUGAUAGUAAUAAUAUUUACCAGUACCAUAGGGAUUCUUAUCUGAAUGCUAAGGAGAAGAAGGAAAGCUCUGACCAGUCAGCAUUUUUCUAUGAUGGAAAUAAUUUCAGUAGCAACGUUAAUUAUAGCAAUAGAUGUAACCCCUCAUACAAUACAAACAAUCCAUCAAUCCAUAAUUUAAACAAUUUAGUUUAUAAUAUAAACUCGUAUGACUUAAAUUCUAGGCAUCUAGCUAAUGCUUCUAUGAUAGACAGAAAUGCGUUCAUGAAUUUUUCUAGAAAUUCUAAUCCUAAUUAUAAAAUUGAACAAAGAAGAGAUAUUCUAUACAAUAACAUCAGCAGUAAUGCCAGCAAAUAUAUAAUUAAUGGUAGCAAUAAUGAUAACAGUAAUGAUAACAGUAAUGAUAACAGUAAUGAUAACAGUAAUGAUAACAAUAAUGAUAACAAUAAUGAUAACAAUAAUGAUAACAAUAAUGAUAACAAUAAUGAUAACAAUAAUGAUAACAAUAAUGAUAACAAUAAUGAUAACAAUAAUGAUAACAUUACUGAUAGCAGUACUCAUAACACUACUAGUAACAGUAAUGCUAAUAAUACCUGUCCAUACAGAAACAGCUUCUUCCGUGAAGCGUUAAACGGAUUGAAGAGUAAGCAGAGUAACGCGAGUUACAGUUCAGGCUUUAUGUAUGACACUGGUAAUUCCAGAGAUACAGCUACAAUUAUGAGAUGCGGUACGUCCACAAACCCUUCCCUGCAUACUUCCUUGGACAUAUGCACUACUAGCAUUGACACCUCUAGCAAUGGCAACACCUGUAUGAACAGCCACUGUGAUAUAAGACGUGCUGCAGAUAACCUACAAAGAAAUUCCAUACUGUACAGAACGUUUUUGAAUUCGAAUACUCACAACAUGCAUAAUGAAAUUGCCAAAAUGAAUCCUAACUAUUCAACAAAAAUUCAGAAUCAUAACAAUAUCAUGUUUAACCAUAACCUUAGCUUUAACCCUAUAAAUUGCAGUGGUCGUAACCUCCAUAGCGUAAAUACUUAG